UGAUAAGCAGAAUUUGUGACAACAUUGUGUGUGAUAACAACCAACAACAGCGACAACGUGAUAACACUAACAACAGACUGAAAUAAUUACAGUGAUUGUUUUUUUUUUUUUUUUUUAACUAAUUGUAAGGCUAAAACCCGGACUCUCAGCCCCCUCCUCUACCAAAAAAUACCAAAGAAAUAAGCUGAAACAAUAAACUAACAACAACUUCUGUACGAUGACCUUAUCGAACAUUCUGCUCUGGACCUUCAGGGAGACAGUCAACUUGGAAUAGAAUAAUUAUUCAAAUUUUCCAGGACUUGCUCAAACGGAUAUUAAUAUUAAGAAUGUGAAAACUGAUGAGCCUCUAGGAUUGCAGACUUUUUCGUGAGAACUCUUCAUUGGUAAUCGCUUGAUUCUAAAAACUUGUUGAAAAUGGAUCUCAAAGCGGAUAUCAAAGAGGAGCCACUUUUUGACCUGAAAGAAGAAUUCAUCCACCAAAAUUUCGAUAUCAAGUGUGAAAGCAAUGAGGAUGGCAGUCAUCCAAGUGGUUGUUUUGCAAAGCUGUGUAGCAGUGAAACUUCAGGAAUUGAUUGCGCCAGUACCAGAGGUGCUCAUCUCCAAUUUAAAGUAGAACCACAGCUUGGACCACUCACCAGCUCUAUCCAGGUUCUCAGUGAGAAUAAGCCAAACCUGGUAUCUUCAGAAGUAGCUGUUAACAGAAUAUGUAUUACUCCACCGGAGGAACCAAGUCUUUACUCCAGUGGGAAGUCUGUGCACACAGACUGUGAUGAGUCUUCUUUACCUGCCAGCUGGAAUCAGAUGGAAGUUCUUCGUCCUUUGGUUCCAGCUGAGAUUCAUACGGUGAAUCUUCCACCUCUUUCUCCUGUCCCUCAGUCUAAUAUGAAAGCAAACUUAUCAGAUGUACAUACAUACUUUCAUUGUUCAGAUAAUUUAAGCCUGAUGGACGAAUCUGAAGUGGAUCCCUUAGCCUGGGAAAGAGAAUCUGUGUUAAAGAAAGAAUCGCAAGAGCCAUCUCACCCUUGCCCCCAGUGUUCAGAACAAUUUGACUCGGCUGAAGAUCUGAAUGAACAUGUGGUAGUCCAUUCAAUUCACAAAUGCACCAUUUGUUUUAGGCAUUGUAAAACUGACAGAGAAUUAAGAAGUCAUUUGAAAUACCACCCUAAAAAGAAACAAAUUCCACCAAAACUUCGGUUUCCAUGCCCCCACUGUUCAAGAAAAUAUUCCUCCAAAGUUAAAGUAAGAGAGCACAUUCAUGUUAAUCAUGGUAUAUAUGCUUGUGCCUACUGUUCGGAUACAUUUGCUUCAAAGAAAAAAGUUAAAAAACAUUUGAGUAACGUUCACUUUCAUGAAUAUCCCUGCCCUCUAUGUCCACAAAAAUUCAGACUCGAAUCCCUCCUGAAGCAACACUUGUCUCAAGUUCACUCCACGAAAGAUUUCUUGUUCCACUGUGCUCACUGUCCAGGAAAAUUUAAAAAAAUACAUGAUAUAAAAAGACAUUUGGAGGUUCACUUCAGAGUUAGAAGAUCCCGAAGGAAUGUGUAACAGAGAAAAUUUCCAAAGGAGGCACUCACUGAUUAUUCUCAUACACAGUUAAAAUUCUCACCUACUUAUUGUACCAGGCCUUUCUGUAAUAGAAGUACUGACAUAAGGCAUUGUAAUUGUUUUCAAGUAAAUCACUGAGUACCUGUAAGAUUGCUCAAUAAAUCAAAUAAUGAUUUAUUUGUAUUUAUUGCAAAAAAUUGCGUGGCAUUUCACAAGGCCUGUAUGUAUUAGCAUUCUAGGAAUGCAGAAUGUAUGAAAUCACGGAAUGUAACUCUCUUGCGUCAUGAAAAGAACUGUUUUAAUCCAUUAUGACCUCUGGUUUUUUAGCAGUAAGUUAGAUCACAGCAAAAAUCAUCUCAACCAUUUUCUCAGCUCUAUCCUCAUAAUUUUGGCUCGCAUAUUCAAGGAAACUGGCUGCACUAACAUAUCAGACUGUGCUUGCUGCGAGUCAGACAUUUCUGAGUCAUUUUGAAUUUUAUUCUGCCAGUGAAGAAAUAUCUUAUGUUUAGAAUCUUUGAGGUGAUUCUAAGUGAUCUAGGUAUAAGAUCCGCCACUAUGUUGCCCUGCCUCACGGUUUAUUAUCGUAAUGUACAAGUAAAUUCCAGAAACUGAUCCAUUAUGUUUAGCAGCACUAAUACUGAGUAAAAAUAACAUCAAAUUUGACAAGAUACUUUGAAAAUUUAUUUCGGAUACUCAUAACGAGGAUUGCUCCUUGACUCGAUGUGUAAGAGAGAGUUGGCUUUUAAUACCUUUCUUGCACACACUGAAUCCAACUAAAUGAUAUUUGUGGCAAAUAUGACUCAGCAACAUUAUCAACUAUCAUUUUUACAAUAAUUUUAAUGGUGAGGGUCCCUUAAAGAUAAUAGGCAGCACAGCAGUAUUAAUUGUAAGAGAUGCAUGCUCUGCUUUUCACUCAAAAUCGAAAAAAAUUAUUUUCCUUCAUUUCCCUCAAAGACUGUAGCCAUAUUGUGCCAUGCCAAGUCUUAGGUUGUAUCGGUGAAAAUUUCUGUUUUUUUCCCCUAGUCUUUCCAGGGGAAUUGUGCAAAAACAUAGUGUUUUAAUUCAGUCACGCAUAAAAUUGAUAAUGAAUGAAUGAAUGAAAAGUAUGUAGAAUUGAGGUCAUCAGAAUAAAACAUUGAUCAUGUAGAGGUUAGUUCACCUUCAUGGAACUUGUGAUAUUUUCUGGUUGCUCUCUUCCAAGAAAGUUUUAAGGUGGGUCGUCAGCUUUUGCGCAAUGCAUUCUGGGUACAAUCGAUACAUCUCAAAUUUCAAUCUUCAGGAGAAUUAUUUUGGGAAAAUCGAUAGUUCAGUCUGUAGAUAAAUCAUUGAAGAAUGUUCCCGCCGGAAAUCAUUCUCCACAAUCUGGAAGUAAAGUCAAAAGCACACCGUUUCCAUUUUGCAACCAAGUUCAGUGUACGUAUCGAUAUCGUUAACUGGAAACAGUAUUUUUGACUUUGUUUUAAGAUUCCGGAGGGCAAUAUUCAGUUAGAACAUUCUUCAAUGAUUUAUCUGCAGACUGAGAUUUAGAUUUUUCCAAAAUAAUUCACCCAGGUUGGAAUUUGGGAUAUAUCAAUCACACCUAGAAUGCAUUGUGCAAAAGCUGAAGAUCCACCCUAAACCCCCCCUAGGUAUUAAAUUUACUUUCUUUAAUAAAAUCUUCCUUGAAAAUA